AUGGUGCGGCGGUCAAGUACAGACUGCUCGCCAAGAACGCAGCUCACCAGUAGAUGCAUCGUUGCGGAGGACGAUGAUGAAAACAACAACAACAACACGAAUGAGCUGGGUAUCGUCGUCGCUGUCCGUAUUCGUCCUUUUAUACGCCAGGAGCAGGAGGGAUUUCUACGGAGAAAGGCAGGCAAUGACGUGGACGCACAAGAGCAGGAGCACCGAGAGGAUCCUAUUGUAGAUGUUGAGACAGACGGCAAGACAAUUGUGUUACUCGAUCCUGUGAAUCGAAGCGUCUCACGUGGAACCUUCACCUUUGAGCACAUCUUCUCCCCCCUCGCCCCUAGCGUUGAGGUGGACAUCUUCAGCAGCAGUAGCGAUGACCUGGGGCUGCGUGAACCGGAACCGAAACGACAGAAGAAACUGAGGAGGAAUCCGAAUCAGAAGCAGCCACGGAGUGGAAAGCAGAAUGAGUUUGUAGAAGAGAAGGACUCGCCAAAGGGAUCCGCUCCCGCCGCCGCCGCCAGGAACGAGAUAGAAAUAGCGAACCUUGACGAGGACGCCAGAAAGGCAGAAUUAGAGCAGCAAGGGUUAUUCGAGGCUUUAGGCGUCCCCGUCGUGGAAUGGUCGAUGCGUGGUUUCAACGCUUGCAUUUUUGCCUAUGGACAGACAGGCAGCGGCAAGACAUACACAAUGAUGGGCUCUGAAGAGCACGAAGGUAUCAUCCCGCGACUAUGUCGCCUCUUCUUCAGUCGAAUCUCUGAGCAGGCCGACACGGAGCAGCAGCGGCGACAGCAGCGGCAACAAAUGAAGAUGCAGUUACAGCAACAGCAGCAACGAGAGCCGAGUGAUGAACCCUCCCCUCUGAGCCCCUACGGCCUGAGUGCCUGCUCCAAGAGUGAUAUUGGCAGUGGCUCCACACCUUCGCCACCCACAUUAUCGCCGGCUUCAAGCGCACCAACAACACCGAACGCGCGUCUGACGAAAGUGACCAUUUCCUUCAUGGAGAUCUACAAUGAGCGCGUACGGGACCUCCUGAAACCGGAGCGUGACCGGCGGAGUCCACUGCAUUAUAACAGCCGCUUCGACGCUGACCCUGCCGACGCGUACGAAGCGCUGAAAGUGCGACAGCACCCGCUGCACGGCCCGUUUGUUGAGGGGCUGACUACUGUGAGCGUGAACAGUUGUGAAGAGUGUUGGGAGUACAUAAAACAGGGCAACGCAGUGCGCGCGCAGGCGAGCAACAGUAUCAAUGAGAACAGCAGCCGCUCGCACGCGAUCUUUCAGAUGAUUGUUACUCAGACGGUCUCUAUCGGUGGGCGGGUUCGCGGGAGAGAGGUGACAACGCAUCGCAUCUCCAAAGUUAACCUCGUCGAUCUUGCGGGGAGUGAGCGCAACAGUAGCAUGGGUCCAAGAGAGAAGAAGUUUGUCGAGGCGAACGCGAUUAACUUGUCCCUCUCUGUCUUGCGCCGCGUCAUUAACGCACUGGUGAACCACAGUAAGGUUGUGCCGUACCGUGAGAGUCUCUUGACAUAUGUGCUCUCUGAUAAUUUCGGUGGCAACUCACGCACCGUUAUGUGCGCCACCAUCUCGCCGCACGUCUCGAAAUUUGCAGAGACGGAGUCAACACUGCGUUACGCCUCGCUGGCACGCGGUAUCGUCAACCGUGUGAAGAUCAACGAACACCCAUUUGCCAAGGUCAUUCGAGAGCUGAAGGAGCGUAUGCGAGGCCUGCAGGAAGAGCUGCGGAGUCAGCCAACCAACGAACGCAUCAUUGUACUGGAAACCACGAUGGAGGAGAACGCCCGCGCGCUCACUGAGUUGCGGCAGCGGGAGGAGGAGCUCAUGACUGUUGUGCGGGAGAGCAAGCUGCGCGAGAUGGCGCUUCUUGAGGAUCUUCAUAAGAAGCAAGAGAAGGAACAUAAGUGGAAGAAGGAAGCAAAGCGGCAGCGGCACGAAAAGGAGAAACUCAUUACCGCUCUCAAGGACCUCGCACAACAGAAACCCGAGUUGGUGGCGGAGGGCGUCAUUAAGGUCCCAGUCAGCCUUGACGAGAAGGAUAAGUCCCUGACAUCCAGCACCUCGAUACCAUCAGUGCUGCAGUCGCAGCCGCGAGACACGGCACCAGAGCAGCAGCAACAGCAGCGGGAUCCACCAAAAAUGCCGAAGCUGCGGGAAACACCCUCUGCAGACCCCACGGAUGCUGCAUCACUGCCGCAGCCGCCAUCAGAGUGGCGGUCGCCGCCUCUUCCGUCCCCCACCUGGGGCAGUGGUGGUGGAAAGAGACCGCCACGGGCGGCGGAGUGUGUUUCGGCCCGGCCGGUUCCCACAAGUCAAUGCACUGCACCAUCCCUCAUCCGUCUUGCACGCGGCGGUGUCAGCGUGCAGCCACUGUCGCUGCAGGGCCUGAGGAGUGCCAGAGAAGGUGAGCACCAGCACAUGAUGCCAAGGUCUCUUCAGACCCCCACGCACUCCCCGCGUGACGCCCUGCGGCAGCUGAAGUAUGGUUUAGAGAAGGGAGAAGAGAAGAGAGUGGAUGCGCCAUCGAAUGGUACACCGUCGCCCCAGCUGUGCAGCGACGUAAAAGAUGGUGCGGUUAGGCGCAAAUCGCUUUCUCCACUGACGCCUCCUGUGGGGUCGGAUGGGUUGCUGCAACCCAAGCCCAUACUGACCAGGCAAAAGUCACAAGGUAGCGGCAUUCAUCUUCGAAAUGGUGCGGUUGAAAAAAACUCCAAUCGCGGCGGUCAGUGGGCACCUUUGCCUCUUGAUGUCGUUAAGGGGCAACAGCUUGUCCCUCUGAAAAGACGUGGUGAAAAAAAAAAGAGCGUGCAUCAGUGA